CUCCGUACGGCUUCUCCGGUCCACGCCCUCCUUCUCCUUCUCUUCCUUCCGUGUCCUUCGCUCCACUGCCUUUCUCGCUCUGUCUCGGACCAUGGAGUCUAUUUUACCCGCCUUGUCCUGUCCCGUCUAAUGCCUCUCUGGUCUACUUCCCCCGGCUCAGCAACCAAUGCACGAGGAUAUCCGAGAUGGGCAAUCUUGGUGACUUGUCGCCCGAGGGAAGCGUCGCGGUUGGGGUGGUUGUCGGGUUGAUCUCGACCAGUCUCCAGGCCAUCGGGCUAACUCUCCAACGCAAGUCGCAUAUCCUCGAGGACGAGAAACAUCCCUACGAUCUACGCCGCCCCCCCUACAAACGUCGAAGAUGGCAGUUGGGCAUGCUGAUGUUCGUCGUUGCGAACAUCGUCGGCAGUACCAUACAGAUCACCACUCUUCCGCUCCCGGUGCUCUCCACCCUCCAAGCAUCCGGUCUCGUGUUUAACACCAUCUUCGCCACCUUGAUCCUGGGUGAACCGUUCACCCGAUACUCGCUCGUGGGCACCGGCUUGGUCUGCGUCGGCGCGCUAUUGAUCGCGAUCUUUGGCGCCGUGGGGGAGCCAGCGCAUACUCUUGACCAGCUUUUGGAGCUUCUCCAGCGCCGGAACUUUGUUCUCUGGAUGGUCGGAACGGCCGUAAUGGUGCUGGUCAUCUACCUUGGGUCCAGACUCCUCAGAUUCCUAGCCUCGCCGUCUCGGUCCAAGUAUGGCAACCCACGCGGCUCGUAUAUGCCGCACCUGCAAUUGUCGCAUGGCCGGGUUCGGCUCAUGCGCGGGCUUUCCUACGGCAUGAUCAGCGGGAUCCUAUCGGCCCACUCCCUCCUGCUAGCCAAAUCAGCCGUCGAGCUUCUCGUUCGGACAGUCGUGGAUCGCGUCAACCAAUUCAACCGAUGGCAGUCGUGGGUGAUUCUGCUCGCCAUGAUUGCGCUCGCCCUAUCUCAGCUGUUCUACCUACACCGGGGUCUGAAACUCUGCAGCACCAGUGUCCUAUACCCCUUUGUCUUCUGCAUCUAUAACAUCAUCGCCAUCAUAGACGGCCUAAUAUACUUCCAACAGAUGUCCCAGCUGACAGGCUUCCAUGCUGGAUUGAUAUCGCUGGGGACGAUUGUCCUUCUCGGCGGGGUUCUCUGCCUCUCGUGGCGCCUGGAAGUCAUUGACAGCCACGCGGCCGUGACGGUCGGUGGGCCGUCCCAAACCGGACUGGGUCCCGGAAUGGCGGUGGUCGAGGAGCAUCCCACCUCCCCGCUGGGUCUCGGAAUGGACGGCGAGGAAGAUCUGGAGCGCGAGCCUCUCUUACAGGCUGCACAUCCCUCUCGCAUGAGCCCUCACAAGAGGGCCCCCAGUCUCCCUUUACUAUACCCUACGGGAUCCCAACGGGAUUCCACAGAUCUAGAUUCGGCUUCCAUCUGGGCUGAACUCGACGACUCUGAUUAUGACUACGUCACAGCCACUCUGCGUUCUCAGCAGAACCCUCGCGGCUCGCUUUCAAACCGACCAAGAAGUCGAACCGGCGCUGUCACAUUGAGAGACAAUCUUCUCCGCGGACCGCGCCGUUCCAGCACCAUCCCAGUCAACCAGGGCUCCUGGAACCAGCGCAGAGCCCCCUACGGCAUAUCCGAGCGUCGCAAACAGCGACGAACAUCUGCUCCUGCCCCGGAAUAUCGCAGACUCCUGCUCAAACGGCCAACCCUCCCCGGCCUCUCCUCGGACCCCAAUCAGCCCCGGAUAACGGGAUACGGCACCCAGGACGACCGGUCCGACAAUGUUUUCUCCGGCAACAACCGUCGCCAUCCUUCUGAUUUCUCCACCCACACAGACCCAUCCGACGGUUACUCCCACUCCAGUCUCCUCGCAGGCCCGAGGAGAACUCUCCGCGGAGCCUGGCGAGGCAGUCUUCGAUACCUGACCCGAUGGACCGGCGGCCAAGCGCGCGCAUCCCGCGCAACCGCCGACCCGGACCCAGGCUCAGACCCAGACCUAGACCUCGAAGCCAGCCCUGACAGGCCCCCAGAUUGA